AUGAAUGUGCAUAAUGAGCCACUCUGGCAGUGGCCUUCAAGCAUUCCUUCUAAUCCUCCAAUGAACUCGGAGGCAGAUCAAGCAUCGCAAGAGACUCAUCAAGCCAGUAAUACGGACCCGACUCCCUCGGAAUCUCCCAGGAAGACCUACCCCCAUCGUACUUGUCGCAUCUGCCUGGAAACGGUCCCUCCGACUUUUCAUCCUCCUUCCGAGAACCUCCCCGGGUUUCUGCAACCCAAACCGCGUGUUGUCUACGAGUCCGCUGAUCCCGAGCUCGGUCGUCUCCUGCGCCCCUGCAAAUGCAAAGGAUCCUCACGUUAUGUCCACGAGGGAUGUCUGCAGUCUUGGCGGCAUGCGGACCCCGAUUAUGGCAAAAGGAACUAUUGGCAGUGCCCGACUUGUGGCUUUCAGUACCGGCUGGAGCGGUUGAAAUGGGCGCACUGGAUCAAUAGCACACUGACGCAGAUCGGAUUAACUCUGAGCAUUUUGUUAUUAACUGUGUUUUCUCUUGGUUUCGUUGCUGACCCGAUCAUCAAUCUCUAUGUGGACCCUGUUGAGACAAUAUUUCAUACAGAAUACUGGGAGUCUAGUACUGUGUCCCAGGCAUUGCCAGCGGAGACAAGGGCAUCUUGGAUAGAGCAUUUUGUCAAGGGACUCGCCUCGCUCGGCGUCCUGUCCUUCAUCAAAGCGAUUCUUGCAUUGACCCCAUGGCAUUGGUUGAAUCUGCGCACCUCGGGUGUCGUCAGUAGUGGCAGGACCACCGGCAGGAGUAGGGUAGCUUCAAUCAGCUGGGUAAUCAUCUUGAUUGGUGUCCUUAGCUUCCUCUGGGCUGUUUGGAAGGGAGUCAGGACGUGGAGUCGCAAGAUGUUGGAAAAGGCCGGCGAACGCGUCAUGGAUGUCCCGUUGCCCGACGAUGAAGAUGAGGAUGCAUCAUCCUCUUCUGCCGAACCGCAUGAGCCAUCAAAAAAGGAUAAUUGA